GAAAUAAGUCACAGUCGAAAUUCAUAUCUUUGAGUUUCCCUCCCUUCCUAUUCAUCGCGCCUCUUUUACUCUCUCUCUCCGCAAAGCAAAAGAGGAUCAAGAAUUCUCAGUUUCCACUGAUUCAGCAAAAGGAGGUUUCACAUUAACUAUAUGAUUUUGUGCUAAAAAAACAGCAAUUGGGUCCUCAUUAAGCUGUCUUUUAUGAGUCGAGAGAAACUAUAAGAGCAACAAGCAGAGGUUUCAAGAAUGGCAAAUUACUAUGACAUCGAUGAUAUUGUUACCGAGGAAGAGGUUGUCUCGGUCAUAUUCCAAAAGGCAGCAGGUGGAGUGGGAAUUGAUCCCAGUUCCGAAACAGACUCUGUUGAAGUGGGAUCUAAGGUAGAGCUACCUUUCUGGCUUGCUCAUGAAUUACAACUGAGACAAGCAGUAUCAAUGAAUGUCCCCCCUUGUUUCAAUCAAAAGACAAGGCUGGAAAUCCAGGCUGAUUCUGCAUGUGUGGAUCUGAGAUCUCGAUGUCCAUACUUCUAUGAAUUUGGAUGCAAGAUAGCACCACUGGUUGGUGAUAGAACCAUUGGACCUUUGCUCUUAUCUGCAUUUAAGAGCAGGUACAAGGAAGUCCUCACCAAAGCACACACUGCAGCAUUUCCAGCUGCCUCCAGACACUUGACAAUUUUGACAAAAGAAGAAACCCAUUUGUAUGAGACAGCUCAAUCCUCAAUGGCAGCCUUUAAGAAGUGGCGGAUGGGUGGCCCCAGAUUUCAGAGAGCUUCCAUUCUUGGAAGGAAGAGAAAAUCAACUGAGUAGUUGCUAAACUUUACGAUUAAUCUCCAUCACAAUGUAGGGCCUUGUCUGUAAGUGUAUGAGACUGGUACAUAUAUAGAAGUAAUACGCAAUGCUAAAGACCCUCUCUCCCCUCCUCCCCCCCCCCCCCCCCAAGUCUAUGAAGU